ACCAGAAAACGUUAACAUGUUUUUUGGAGGGGGUCAAAUGUAUAAAUAAUUGAAAAGAAUCGCAAGUCAAGUGCUCUCUCUUUUCCACCCAUCGAUUCCUCUCCGGACACUGCCCAAUACAUCCAUGCUCUCUCUCUCCCUUUCGACAAAGAAAAAGUCAGCGCCGUCCUUUACGCCAUAGUUUGUCUCCUUCUCUCUUCUCUCUCCUUACCAACAGAGUCAAAAAAAAAAACCAAAAGAGAUCAUCAACCAUGUCUGAGGAUUGGGAUCUCUUCGCCGUCGUCAGAAGCUGCAGCUCUUCUGUUUCCACGGCGACUAUAAUCGAUAACUCUCGUGGUGUGGACGAGAGAGGAGCGGACCGUAAGAAAGAAGAUCUUCCUCCUCUGUUCCAACACAUCCAUGGAGGAGGAGACAUAAGCAGAGAGUCUUCUUCUUGCAACGAGCUACAAGAUUCUUGCAAACCCUUUUUACCCGUUACCACUACUUGGUCUUCUCCUCUUCCUCUUCCUCCUCCUCCUCCUGUAGUUUCAUCGUCUCCUAAUAUCUUAAUGAAACAAGAACAAGGUCUCAUCGAAUCACAUCAAGAUCAGAAACCUCCUCUUGGUGUUAGGGUUUUCCCACCUCCCAAAACCAUCUCUUCUUCCUCUUCUGUCUUUGUCUUCAGAGGUCAACGCGACAACCUUCUUCAACAACAACCCCAAACUCCUCUUCGAUCUAGAAAAAGAAAAAACCAGCAAAAGAGAACCAUAUGUCAUGUAACUCAAGAAAAUCUCUCUUCGGAUAUGUGGGCAUGGCGUAAAUACGGUCAAAAACCCAUCAAAGGCUCUCCUUAUCCAAGGAAUUAUUACAGAUGCAGUAGCUCAAAAGGAUGUUUGGCUCGUAAACAAGUUGAAAGAAGCAACUUGGAUCCCAACAUCUUCAUCGUUACUUACACCGGAGAACACACUCAUCCUCGUCCUACUCACCGGAACUCUCUCGCCGGCAGUACUCGCAACAAAUCUCAACCCGUUAACCCGCCUCCAAAACCCGACCACCCCUCGGGUCAAACAGUUUCCGGGGUAAAAGAAGAGCUCCAUCUUUCUCCUACUACACCGUUGAAAGAAAACGACGACGUUCAGGGAACAAACGGAGAGGAAGAAGUCAACAUGGAAGACGAAGAGAUAGAUGAAGUCGAAGAAGAGGAAGAUGACGAUGAUGACGUGGAUGAUCUUUUGAUACCGAAUUUCGCGGUGAGAGAUCGAGAUGAUUUGUUCUUCGCUGGAAACUUUCCCUCUUGGUCCGCCGGGUCCGCCGGGGACGGUGGUGGAUGAUGCUAAAGACGAAUAUAUUCUCAUUUUUUAAGAAAGUCAGUUUUAUAUUAUUAUUUUUUUGUUUAAAACUUGACAUUUAAUGUGGUUAUUAAAAAAAUACAUAUAGAGAGAAGGCA